AUGGCAAUGGUAGUUAGCAGCUGGCGAGAUCCGCAGGAAGACGUGGCCGGGGGAACCCCGAGCGGCCCCAACCCCUCCGCCGCUCAACCGGCCCGGGAUCAACCAGCCCAACAGGGGGGUUCGGCAGCACCGCACACCCCGCAAACACCAAGUCAACCAGGACCCCCAUCCACACCGGGUACGGCCGGGGACAAGGGAACGGGUCAGCAAGGCUCGGGGCAGAGCCAGCAGCACAUCGAGUGCGUGGUGUGCGGGGACAAGUCCAGCGGCAAGCACUACGGCCAGUUCACCUGCGAGGGAUGCAAAAGUUUCUUCAAGAGGAGCGUCCGCAGGAACUUAACUUACACAUGCCGCGCCAACAGGAACUGUCCCAUCGACCAGCACCACCGCAACCAGUGCCAGUACUGCCGCCUCAAGAAGUGCCUCAAAGUGGGCAUGAGGCGGGAAGCGGUUCAGCGAGGAAGGAUGCCGCCCACCCAACCCAACCCCGGCCAGUAUGCCCUGACCAACGGGGACCCCCUGAACGGGCACUGCUAUCUCUCGGGAUACAUCUCCUUGCUUCUGCGGGCCGAGCCCUACCCCACCUCCCGCUACGGCAGCCAGUGCAUGCAACCCAACAACAUCAUGGGCAUCGAGAACAUCUGCGAGCUGGCCGCCCGCCUGCUCUUCAGCGCCGUCGAGUGGGCCCGCAACAUCCCCUUCUUCCCCGACCUGCAGAUCACCGACCAGGUGGCCUUGCUCAGGCUCACCUGGAGCGAGCUUUUCGUCCUCAAUGCUGCCCAGUGCUCCAUGCCCCUCCAUGUGGCCCCUCUCCUGGCCGCCGCCGGUCUUCACGCAUCCCCCAUGUCGGCCGAUCGAGUUGUCGCCUUCAUGGACCACAUCCGCAUCUUCCAGGAGCAGGUGGAGAAGCUGAAGGCGCUGCAUGUCGAUUCGGCCGAGUACAGCUGCCUGAAAGCCAUCGUCCUCUUCACUUCAGACGCCUGCGGUCUGUCGGAUGCUGCUCACAUAGAGAGCCUGCAGGAGAAAUCCCAAUGCGCCCUGGAGGAGUACGUGAGGAGCCAGUAUCCCAACCAACCCAGCCGCUUCGGGAAGCUGCUGCUGAGGUUGCCCUCUCUGCGCACCGUCUCCUCCUCCGUCAUCGAGCAGCUUUUCUUCGUCCGCUUGGUAGGUAAAACCCCCAUCGAGACCCUCAUCAGGGACAUGCUACUGUCGGGGAGCAGCUUCAACUGGCCUUACAUGUCCAUCCAGUGCUCCUAG